AAGAUCCUCAAGCUACUCAUCCAUAUCGGCCGUAUCAUCCUAACUCUGUUCCGAUCCCGUAUAUCCUUGCGUAGAACUAGGCAACUCGGCUCGCAAGGCCCGCAGCGUUGAUAUCCCAGUCCUUUCUUCCUCGAAGAGUCACCUUUCCAUGAGCGGUGCUGCACAGACGGCGACAAACAUCACACCUGCGGUCAUUCUUCGUAACGGCUGCGUUACUCUAGGAGAAUAACACAAACUCCCGACAGCUACACGGCUGUGAAUCACACGAUCUGAAGUUACGAAGAUGGCGGUCUUCGUGGACGUAACCGACAUCUCGAAGACGCUAGCCAUUCUUGGGACGUACAUUAUCGUCGUUGGGCUCGUCUCAUACCUUGUCAAGAACAGGCUCUUCAUCUCCGAAUCCAUCCUGGCUGUGGGGCUCGGUAUAGCUAUAGGGCCGGUAGCAUUGAACUGGGUCAAUCCUCACGAAUGGGUCGACUACGACGAAGAGCGGUAUCGCUACCUCACCCUGCAAAUUACAAGGAUCAUCAUUGGUAUUCAGGUCUUGUUCGCCGGGAUCGACCUGCCCAAAGCGUAUUUGAAGAAGGAAUGGAAAUCACUGGCAACGCUUCUCGGACCAGCCAUGCUUUCAGGCUGGUUCGUCAGCGGCUUGCUGAUUUGGGGCUUGAUUCCUGGGUUGACCUACUUGGAAUCCCUGGUCAUCGCUUCUUGCGUUACUCCGACCGACCCGGUCUUGGCCAACGCUAUCUGCAAAGGUAGAUUCGCAGAGGAGCAUGUACCGCCUAACGUCAGGAAUCUGAUCAUCGCCGAGUCUGGUGCAAACGAUGGCUUGGGCUAUCCUUUCCUCUUCAUAGGACUGUUUCUCAUAAGAAGGCACACAGAGGGCUUUCCCGAUAGUCUUGGCUGGGCGAUAGGUCACUGGAUUUACGAAACACUCAUCUACCAAGUCUUGCUCGCCGUAGUCAUCGGCAGUGUCUUGGGAUACGUUUUCCGGAAAGCUCUGCGAUGGGCAGAACGGAAGCAGCUUGUCGAUCACGAUUCCUUCCUGGCGUUCGGAAUGGCGGCGGCGUUCUUUACGCUUGGUGUCUGUGGCCUUCUCGGGACCGACGAUAUCUUAGCCUGUUUCAUCCUUGGUAACAGCUUCAGCUGGGAUGAUUGGUUCCGUGUCGAGACGGAAGAACACGCCGUCCAAGAUGUUAUCGAUCUCCUGCUCAACUCGUCGGUGUUCAUCUACAUUGGAACGAUCUUGCCAUGGUCACAGUUUGAUAAAUAUUUUGGCAUCUAUACCUGGCGCUUAAUCCUGUUGGGCAUCGCGAUCAUAGCCCUUCGGCGCCCACCCUGGGUGACUGCACUGACCCGCCUGAUGCCCGCCUUGAAGGGUUAUGGUGAGGGCGCUUUCACGGGGUUCUUCGGAUGCAUCGGCGUGUCGGCCGUCUUUUACAUUCAAGUGGCGCUCGAAAACAUACCGGAAGAGCGAACUCAACUACGGGCCGUUAUCGAACCGGUGGUCUUGUUCCUCGUCCUGACCUCGGUUCUCAUUCAUGGCAUCACCAUCCCGCUCGGCAAGGGCUUCCACCAUACCUUGACGAUCACAAAGACCCGCUCGACCUCGUCAGGAGCCGUCCUCAGGCUACCACAAGCACCCAUGGAGCUGCCUACGAACCCUCAGGGCGAAGAUACAGGGAUCUUGGCAAGUGGACGGUCCACGGGGACGAAACUUACCGACCGAUCCCGUACCAAUACCGUGGAUUUGACUUUGACGUUCCAGGAACCGGUCCUCGAUCGAGGGGCAGUUCUUCGAUCGAAUGUGUAACGAGACUGUUCGUAGCAGGUAGUGUGAUGUAUUCAUCGAUUUUGCGCUAUAUCAUUUCUCGCGGAA